GCCGCCCGACCCCGCGCCCUCGCCGCCGUCGCGCCCGCCCGACCCCCAGGCCGCAGCCCAGCCCCGACCCCCUGCAGCCGCUGCCCCCCGCGCCCCCCGCGCACGAUCCCUACGACCCCAUGAUGCGCCACUACUCCUCGCCAUACCGCCAGUUCGAGCAGCAGCCCGAACCCGAGCCCUAUCAGCAUUUCCCCUUCCCCAAGUAUGGCAACGACCCGUACGGUUUCAAGCGCGACAUGGACGCGCCCUACGACAUGAGCCAGCACCCCGCGCACGCGCAUCAGCAACAUCAGCCGCACCCGCAGCACCAGCAGUACGGUCAGCUGACGUUGCCGAAGCGCGACGACGACAUGUACAACGGCGGCGUAAAGCGCGAAUGUGAAGAUCCAUACUCGUUCGUGGAGGACGACAUGUCGCUGAUGCUGGGCGGACACGCGCUGCAGCAGAUGCCGCACGAUGCGCACGCGCAGCACCAUAUGCUGCCGCACGCGCAACACAUGGUGCUUAACCAGCCCAAGAAGCGCGGCCGCAAGAAGAAAAUUAAAGACGAAAAUGGUAUGGAGAUAAAGGCUGAAGGCAUGGACGGCGUGCCAGCGCGACCCGUGAAGGAGCGCAAGAAGCACGACCGCUUCAACGGCAUGAGCGAGGAGGAGGUGGCGCGUCGCACGCUGCCGGACCAUCUUGCCGAGAACCUGGACAUCAUCAUUAUUGGCAUAAACCCGGGCCUUUUCGCGGCGUACAAGGGCCACCACUACGCCGGCCCCGGGAACCACUUCUGGAAGUGCCUGUACCUGUCCGGCCUUACGCGCGAGCAGAUGAGCGCCGACGAGGACUACAAGCUGCUGAACUUCGGCAUCGGGUUCACCAACAUGGUGCCCCGGCCGACUAAGGGGUCGGCGGACUUGACGCGGCGCGAGAUCAAAGAGGGCUCCGCCGUGCUGCUCGAGAAGUUGCAGACCUUCCGGCCGAAGGUGGCCGUGUUCAACGGGAAGCUCAUCUACGAAGUGUUCUCCGGCAAGAAGGACUUCUGCUUCGGCAAGCAGCCCGACACCGUGGCCGGCACCAACACCUACAUGUGGGUGAUGCCGUCGUCGUCGGCGCGCUGCGCGCAGCUGCCGCGCGCGGCCGACAAGGUGCCCUUCUACGCCGCGCUCAAGAAGUUCCGCGACUACCUCAACGGCCUGGUGGCGCACGUGGAGGAGGCCGAGCUGGUCUUCCCCGACAACACGGCGCGGCGCCCGCACGAGGAGAUGGAGAUCCGCAGACUGACCAUGGAGCCGGAGCCGGGCGACACCAUCGUGCUGGAGGACGGCACCGAGGUGCCGCUCAAGAAGAAGCGCGGCCGGCCCAAGAAGGUGAAGCUGGAGAACGGCGAGGUGGCGCCGCCCACGCCCCGGGCGCCCAGGGCGCCUCGCGCGCCGCCCAGCCUCGACCCCGGUGGGGACCAGCCGCCCAAGAAAAAGCGCGGCCGCCCCAAGAAAAUUCGCCCCGAAGAGCAGCAGUUCCUCCUACAGCAGCAGCAGCAACAGCAACAGCAGCAGCAGCAGCAGCAGCAGCAGCAGCAGCAACAACAGCAACAGCAACAACAGCAGCAAGUCAGUAUACUUGAACUACAUCCAGAAUUUGAGAUUAUAAGCUCAGUAUGGUGUUACGGAUACGAUCCAUUAGUUUCAGACAUACUAGAUGCUGCGCUCCGCGGGCCCUCUUCCAAACGUCCGGGACUACUCCGUAAGAUGUUCCAAUCGCGUCGUUUCGCUCGUUUCGGCGUCGGGCCGAAUAUCACCGACGCACGACCGCAGGGCGGCAUGCUGGGCGCGCAGCUGGGCAUGGCGCACGACGGCGGGUACAUGGCGCAGGCCGCGCUGGGCCAGUUCCCGGCGCAGCUGCCGUCGCCGCUGCCGCCCGUGGCGCAGGUGGCGCAGCCGGCGCAGUGGCCGCUGCAGCCGGGCGAGCAGGCGCCGUACUUCCAGCCGCCCUCGGGGCUGGAGUCGCCGCUGGACAUGGGCGCCAUGGGCGGGCUGGCGCGCGGCUACGCGUCGCCCACGGCGCCGGGCUACGGCUCGCCGCGCGCCGUGUACGCGUCGCCGCGGCCGCAGGGCUACUCGCCGGGCCCGCCGCCCGCGCGCCCGCCCGGCGCCGCGUCCUUCCCCGGCUCGCCCGCCGCCUUCUCGGCGCCGUCGCCGCCGCGCGCGUCCUACUCGCCCGCGGCGCGCGGCCCGGCGCAGGCGCAGAGCGGCGCCUUCGCCGCGCGCUCGCCGCUGUACGCCGCCUCGCCCGCGCCCUACCACCAGCAGCCGUCGCCCGCGCCGCAGCCGCAGCCGCAGCCGCAGCCGCUGCCCGCGCGCUUCUCCGCGCAGCAGUCGCCGCAGUACUCGCGCUCGCCCGUGCCGCAGACGCAGGCGCUGCCAUACGCGCGGUCGCCGGCGCCGGCGGGCGUGGGCGGCGCCACCACGCCCUUCCCCGCGGCGUCGCCGGCCGGCGCGGGCGCGCUGCACUCGUACACGCCCUCGCCGCAGCACACGCCCUACAGCCAGCACUCGUCGCCGGCGCCGCCCAGCCGCACGCCCACCUACGCCGACUCGCACCACUACGCGCACCCGGCGGGCAGCGCGGGCAGCGGCAGCGGCAGCUACGGCGCGGAGCUGGGCGGCGAGAUCGCGGCGGGCAUCGCGUCGCCGCCGCCCGUGUCCCCCGGCAUGGCCGUGGACUUCGAGCCGCCCGCGCCGCGGCAGGACGGCGACGCGCGCAGCCCCAUGGGCUCCACCGACAUGCACCCCGGCUCCAACUCCAACUCCUCGCUGGGCGACUACAACAAGGCCAACCCCGGCGCCGGCGAGAUGUCCCCCGGCGUGGGCGCGGCCUUCGGCGGCGCGCUGUUCGACGGCGAGCGCCUGCCUUUCCGCGCGCAGCACGCGCUCAGCCCCGACAAGGAGCACUACUACGCGGAGCAAGGCGCCGCCGCGGCCGACAGCCCGCGCCUCGACCAGAUGCACCAGCACGCCAUGUACCCCGCGACCGCCUUCAGCAGGUGCGUGCCCGCGUGUCGCUCGUGCGGCCGUUGUUUUCAAUCGUGUCGCUGCGAUCUAACCGAGCCACCCGUUGGCGGCAGGACGACGCCGGAGGGCGGCGGGGAGGCCGCGGGGUUCCGCCCGCCCGACCAGCCGCACACGCCGCACCACCACCCGGAUUCGCCGGCGGAGUACGGCGGCGCGGCCAAGUCCAAGGCGCAGGACGUCGCGUCCAAGUCGCUGUCGGGGCUGGAGUCGCUGGUGGACCAGAUCCCGUCCAUCGCCGAGGGGCCGGCGGGCGUGGGCGGCGGCGCGGGGGGCGAGCAGGCCGCGCCCGCGCCCGUGGCGGCGCUGCCCGAGUACGCGCCGGCGCUGUACCCGCCGUACGGCGCCUACGGCUCGGCGGCCUACCCCAACAACGGCUACGGCGCCCCCUUCGUGGGCUACGGCGGCGGCGCCGUGGGCUGGGGCGGCGGCCUCAUGCGGCCCACGCCCGGCUACCUGUCGGAGUGGCAGUACGGCUACGCGCCCGGCGUGCCCUCCUCCUACGCGCCGUACAACGCGCCCUACUACAACGGCUACGCCGGCCCGCCGCCGGCGCACGCGCAGCAGACGCACUACCUGUCGGCGCCCCCGCUGAUCGACCUGCACAAGAACGGCGAGGUGGCCGGCGGCGUGCCCGCCGUGCCCUCCGUGCCGUCGGUGGGCUUCGGCGGCUUCUGUUAGCGCCGGAGCCCCACGUAAAGUACAGUACCGCGGUCUCGAUGUUUCCUAGUGUAAGUAGCGAAAUUGGACUGAGGCGCCCCUGGCCGCCGCCCUUUGUGAAGCGAUCGUUAGUGAUGUAAUUUAAUCUUUUUCAACUGAUGAGCUUAAUUUGUAGGGUUUAUUUGUAAAUAUUGUUCGCGUUCGGUUUCGGUCCCGCCUCGGGCGGGGCGCGGGGCGCGUCGCGUCGCUCUGUGAUCCUCGGUGUUGCCAUACCGUCGCCCGCCCGGGCCCGUUUCAAAAGUCUUGCCAAGAGGUGUUUCGCGUUCUAGUCACUUACUAAUUCAUGUCGGCUAGUCAAUUUGAUAACAAAAUUUUAUCGCGCGCGUCCCCGCGCCUCGCCUGGUUUCGUUUGUUUCGAAAGUAUAUUUUGAUCUAAGUCACGACGGCCUACGAGACGGAUGUAUACUUUUUUAGAUUUUAGUUGUCGUGAAUUUUGUGACGCUACUUAUAAUUAACUUCUAGCAUUUUUACACAUUAACUAUGUUUUAUUGUCGCAGCGAGGCGGCCGUUACGCGUCGUCGGCCGUUGAUCCCGCGCCGGACAGCCGCCGGGGUCAACGGCCGCCGCGCGCCCGAGGACGAUGAGUCUCGCGUUGCUCUUUUAAGGACCUUUUCUCCGGCCGUUUACGGGCGCGAGCUCACGGUCCUGGGGCGCCCGCGGCCGUGACGGCGUGCAUUUGACUAACGUUACCCGAUCAGUUACGUAGCCUCGGAUCGCUAGUGAAUAGCAUAAUUUUACACUUAUUAUAUUUUACACGCCAUCUUAUGUAAGGCCCCCUUGUUGUACCGAUCAGUUGUCCGCGGCGCGGCUCGCCGCCGCCGGCCCGACGGCUCGAGAACAAACGCUCCGCUUCCGCGAGUGUGUCGGUCCUCUACGUUCAAUGGUACUAGUGUUUUAUAACUAAAAUAGGUG